AUGGUCUCAUUCGAAGAUCCAACCGUGCUUGUUGAUUUCGUUGAUUCGCAACUUACAAAACCAAUGGCUUUCAAGAUUGAUUCGGCGGGACGGCCAGUGUAUCAAUCCCGUAAUGACUUUGGGCCACUCAAAAGCCUGAGAAGUAUACCACAGCUUGUCGACUUUGGCUUGGCGACCACACUCGAGGAAGACGACGACUGGGGCGUUUGGCCUAUUCAGCCAGACCACUAUCGGGCACCAGAGGUGAUACUGGGUAAUGGAUGGCAAAUGCCUGCGGAUAUUUGGAACCUUGGUGUUCUGUUGUGGGAUAUGAUCGAAGGCAAAGAGUUAUUUCGGCAUCUUCAUGAUGGAGAAGGUCGCUACGAUGCUAAACUACACAUGGCUGAAAUGAUAGGCUUACUCGGUCCACCGCCUCCAGAAGUCAUAAAAAGAUAUCAGUAUAUGCGAGAGUACUCGUGGCCGACGGCUGUCAGAAGAGAAGACGGCAAAGUAUGCGAGACCGCGGAGGAGUACUUCUGUGGGCCAUUCUUUGACGAAAAAGGCCGCUUCCUCUACGAAGACCUGAUCUCCGACCACAAAUUAGGGGACAAAGCAUCAUUCCUUGGGGGAGAGGAGAAGGAAGCAUUUUUGGACCUCGCCAAGGGGAUGCUUGUCUGGCGCCCAGAUGCGAGAAAAACCGCAGGCGAAUUGGCUGGGCACCCUUUUCUUCAACCAAAGCAAACAAGCGUCUGA